CAGCCAUAACCUCGGCUGCAGGAUGCGGCACAGGAAGGCUCCUCCUCGGCCCCAGCGCCCCAAAUCCCCCCCUCAGAGCAUUCUGCAAGAGCUGAGAGCAACCUGAAGCCGUGCAGCUUUGCUCAGCGCCAUCCAAGCAUGACCUGCAGCCCGGCUGAUGCCAUUCUGCUGCUGCUGCUGCCCGGAGCUGCUCUGGCACAGCUGCGGAUCCGGCAGAGCCCAGCACAGCUUUGGGUCCGCCCUGGGCGCACAGCAGAACUGAACUGCAGCACCGAUAGUGGCUGGAAUGCGAGUCGGCACCGGGCUGUGAAUUGGUACCGGGAGCAGCCGGGCAGCAGAUUGCAAUUCAUCUACCAGAGCUCAAAUUCCCCACGUUCAGAUGGAAAAUACUCCGGGAUGAGGAGAGCAGAGGGGUUGUUUUCCCUCCACAUCAGCUCUGCGCAGAAGGAGGACUCCGGCUUUUAUUACUGCGCUUCCACCACUCAUCCCUCUGAGUUUGGGGACGGCACCAGGUUGGUGGUGACAGAUGCCACGGAACCCACUCUCUCCAUCCUGCUGCCCGUGGAUGCGGAUCUGCGUGAGCCACCCUUGGCUGCCAUCCCUCUGCUCUGCCACCUCUAUGAUGUCCCCGAGGGUUGGGACGCGGUUGGCUGGCAGCACAGCAACGGCAGCUUGGUGACGGCCGCCUCCAUGGAUGAACGUGGCGUCCUCAGCGCCUGGAGCCUCGCCUGGCUCACAGCGGAGCGGUGGGGCGGCGCCGUGGGGUGCACAGCCACGCAGAGCAGCACAGGCAGGAGCAUCAGCGUGACCAUCAGCCCACCCAGCAGCACAGCGCAGUGCCUGCAGUGGCUGCCGGCGGUUCUGCUGCCCUCAGUUCUCACCAUCACCGCCCGGCUGAUGCUGCAGCUCUGCAAAAAGCCCCACGUUGGGGGUCCCGGAGCCCCACAGCCCCCCCAGCAGCGCAGACCCCCUUUGCCACCCCAUAGAGCUGCAGGACGGAGCCAGGAGGCCGAAUACGCAGCGGUGGCACUGAGAUCCCCUUCCCCACCUUUGCAAUGAGGAAAAAAAAGCAAAACAAGGGAGACCGCAGAGAAGCUCAGGGCGAUGGGAGCCCGGCGGGCAGCAGCUCUGCGCUGUGAGGGUCUGCAGCUCUAUGGGAACUCUGCAAAAAGGAAAAAAAAUAAAAGAGGAUUUGGGGGGAAAAAAAAAGGGGAUUUCAGGGCUGAGUUCCCCGCUGUUGUUUCCUCACCGUGUGGGAAGAAAUUCCAUCAGAAAACGCGUUCCUCUUCUGGCACAUCCAAAGCGAAUGAUGGGGGAUGACAGCAUCGCCGCCAUGCAGGCCUCUGGAAAAGCCCAUUUCAGGCUUUUCUCAGCCCAAAGCGAAAGUGCUCUGGAAAAGAACUGUGCUCCCAUGCAAUGCCAUUGCCCAGCACAGCUCCAGACCCCCUUCGCCCCCCUAAGAUCCCUAUGGGGGUCUGCUACGUGCUGCUUCCCAGCCCAACUUUCAGCCCUUCCCCACAUGACAGCCAUUACAUGGAAAUGCUGGGGAAAAUGGGAAAAGGUCCUUUUAAACCUCAGGAACGAAGCAAAGCUCCGUUUCUCUCCGCCUUUUGCUCGCUGUGCAGCAGCACAGAGCUGCCAUGGCACACAGUGGGGACGCUCGCGGUGCUCCCCGUCCUCAGGUCCCCUCUUUCUCCUUUGCCCCAAACACUCAGCUCUGUGCUGAGCGCAUCCCCCUUCCUCCCUGCUUUCCCAUUCCUGAAUAGGAAGCUGCUCCCAAAUGUUGGGACCGAAUUGUGGAGCUGUGGGAAAGCCCUGAGUGCUUCCGUGCGACUCUGAGCAGCUGCUCCUGGGGGAGAAGAAGGGAAACGAACGCAUUCCAGCCUGGAAACCACGCGGGAGCGAGCGGGGCUGUGUUUAAUUAAGAGAACAGAGCUUGCAAAGCAAAUGGCUCCAACGUGCGGUUUCAGAUCUGAGCCCCAGAGGUGCAGAGCUGCUCUCGGUGCCCAUCUGAGCCUAAAAGCUGCCACAGAGCAGCGUGGAGUGGAGCCGGUGCUCCGAGUGCAGCGGAUGUGGGCACGGAGAGUGGGAACCUGCAGCGCGUUGGGUUUGGCGGUUGGUUGAACCUCUGUUUAAAAUGGCUUUAUUUUUUUCCACUCCCAACGUCUGCCAUCGCCCCGCUCAGCCCAGCCCAAAGCCAGCGCUGUUUACAGAGCAGCAGGGAAGGGCAGGAAAGCUCUGUUUAGGAGAGAAAUUCCUGCAGAAAGAACAGAAAUCCCC